UGAGGCUUUCCUGUCACUGGAUACUACUACUACUCCCAGCCCUCCUAGAAGCCUCCGGAGCAAUCCCCUGGUCUUUCCUUUACAAGUAGCAAUUUGACUUGCUCUGCUGCAUGUCAAGAGGGACCGUGGAAAGUGUGGAGACGCCCCGGGGAUUAAGCGAUCGCAGCUUAAAAAGAAAAAAAGCCAAACAAACAAACAAAACCCACCCACCCUAACAAACAUGAGGCUGCUGGAGAGAAUGAGGAAAGAAUGGUUCAUGAUUGGAAUAGUGCUGGCGAUCGCCGGAGCUAAGCUGGAGCCGUCCAUAGGGGUGAAUGGGGGACCACUGAAGCCAGAAAUAACUGUCUCCUACAUCGCUGUGGCAACAAUAUUCUUUAACAGUGGACUCUCAUUGAAAACAGAGGAGCUGACCGGUGCUUUGGUACAUAUAAGACUGCAUCUUUUCAUUCAGAUCUUUACACUUGCAUUCUUCCCAGCAACAAUAUGGCUUUUUCUUCAGCUUUUAUCAAUCACACCAAUCAACGAAUGGCUUUUAAAAGGUUUGCAGACUGUAGGUUGCAUGCCUCCCCCUGUGUCUUCUGCAGUGAUUUUAACCAAGGCAGUUGGUGGAAAUGAGGCAGCAGCAAUAUUUAAUUCAGCCUUUGGAAGUUUUUUGGGCAUCAUUGUCACACCCCUGCUUCUGCUGCUGUUUCUUGGCUCAUCCUCUUCGGUGCCUUUUACAUCUAUUUUCUCUCAGCUUUUUAUGACUGUCGUGGUUCCUCUCGUCAUCGGACAGAUAGUGCGAAGGUACAUCAAGGACUGGCUCGAAAGAGCCAAGCCUCCGUUCGGCGCCGUCAGCAGCAGCGUGCUGCUCAUGAUCAUCUACACGACAUUCUGCGGCACGUUCUCCAACCCGAACAUCGACCUGGAUAAGCUCAGCCUUGUUGUCAUACUGUUCAUAAUAUUUUCUAUUCAGCUGAGUUUUAUGCUGUUAACCUUCAUCUUCUCAACAAGGAAUAAUUCGGGUUUCACACCAGCAGACACUGUGGCUAUCAUUUUCUGUUCUACACACAAAUCCCUCACAUUGGGAAUUCCAAUGCUGAAGAUAGUGUUUGCUGGCCACGAGCACCUCUCUUUAAUAUCCGUACCUCUGCUCAUCUACCACCCAGUCCAGAUCCUCCUGGGGAGUGUGUUGGUGCCAACCAUAAAGUCCUGGAUGGUGUCAAGGCAGAAGGGAGUCACGUUGACGAGGCCAACAGUAUAACGAAGGAAGUGCUCGUUCUGCGGCGAUGUACAUAUGUACAGGAUGUACAAAUAGUUCUGAAGACUUGUACUUGUGAAUGUUGCUUCAAUGAAUAUUUUAUUUUUUUACACAAAAAUGAUAUAACUGUUGAAGUGCCUUAAAAAAUGUAUUUGACAAGAGCAUUAUUUCCCAAACCUACUUUGUUGGUUAGUGCCAGGGGUGGUCCAGUAUGUUGGAGUUAUUUAAUUUUUUUUUUUCCUAACGCAGGGAACAGUCAUCAUAAGUGACAAAAGCCGCACCUUUGUGCAACACAACUCUAUCAGAGUGACUGUACUGCUCGAAAUGAGGUCACACCAUCAGAAAAAUGCUCUUCUGAUGACAGUGAAAAUUUCCAAGUCUGAUUCACAAGUACUUUGAUUCACUGCGAGAUUCUUUUCCUACAACUGUGACAUGCCUCUUAUCAACUCAGCAGGGGUCAUAGACUGAAUAGAUGUUGAGAAGCAUACAUUAUCUGCAUUCCUUGACAUCAUUUUUAUAGACAUUCCUUCAAAUAGUUUCCACACAGAAAUUCCUCUGUUCCAUGAUAAGAGAUUGUGAUAUUUUAUGUCUUAAGUUUAUUAUAAGCUGCCUCAAAGAAAAGGCCUGAUGUUUGAGUUAGGAGCAAAUUAAGUGAAGUUUUGAGGUAAACUACAGGAUUUGGUUGUUAGGAUUUUUAAAAAUAUCUUUCAUAUUUUUUUUUCUUUUUCUCUCCUGUUUUCCUGUUUUCCAACACACUUGCAAACUCAUAACAGCCGAAUGUGAAACACUAAAAGGUGAUAAUCAGUUUGAGAGCAGCAACUUAAGGAUGGAUUGUAUUCACAUUCCACAGUUGAGAAUAACAAUUUUUUCCUGUUACACAGAUGUGCUGAGCACAAAUUGCCCCUUUUAGCCAGAAGCGGCCUAUGACAUCCUUGAAUUAAGCACACUUAAGGCAUUUGAGACAAGUUACUAAUGAGAAUUUCCUUGGCAGAUUUGACAAAUGUUUGCGACAUUUUUAAAAAAACUAAGUCAUAUUGCUCUCAUGAAUAAAUGGAAAUAUAAAGGUCAUAGAUGCGAACAAAUGUUACAGAUACACGUGCUUUCUAGCCAAAUGGAAUAAACAUGGGCACAGAAAAUGCAAAACCAUUCAUUAACCAAAAUAUCAAGUAGAAUUAGUUCCCAAGUGGGCUUCAGCUUUCAAGAGUAUCCGAUAUUUGCCCGUGCUGUGGCUGGAAGAGCUCUCACUGGACCUUAGCAGAGAAUAAAGCAACAUGGAGAACUAAGGGGACACCUUCCCUCCGUUUGCUGCACACUCUUCUGUCACAUCGUCUCUCCAUCUCCUUUCUUGAUCUGACAGACGAUACUGGCGUCCUGGGUCUCACUGAGGCCACGCUCUGUCCUCGACAGCUGUUUCGUUGUUAUUCCAUCAACAGAAGAAAAAUCAUUCCUUAGAAACCUACCAAGUUUAUCAGUAGUGUAAAUGUAUACCAGGUCACAUCUUGUGGUUCUUCUGACUCAUUUCAAUAUCAUUGAAUCUCGUAAAUUUCAGAAGAAUUACCCUCAGUGUCAAUUUUAAAGCUAGUGCCAGAUCCUGCAAAAAAAGUCUACGCUAAGCAGGCUGUUUGGCAAGAAUUUCUGUUGUCAAGACUUUCACUUGUGUCUGCAACUACAAUAAUUCUGCUUGAUGCUUUGGAUGCUUACAUUUGGAGCAUAGGAAAGGUUUUCAUGUUUUGUUCCUAUAAAUCUCUAUGAAUUUCAGAGUAAAUGAAACUGUCUGUCUGAGUUAUCAUAAAAGCUAUCAUUUGAAUGCUGAUUUUUUUCCCCCAACUUAUCUACCUCUAUUAUCAAGCACCUAUAGUAGGUGUGUGAUUAUGGAAUAACAUUCAACUGAAAAUACUAUAACACCUUUUGCUUUUAAAAAACGUUUUGUUUUCAAAUAAUCUUCUUUACCUGGUGAAUUUUGUUGGCUUUAAUGAUAUGUUUAUGCCUUUUUUUUUUUUACACAAAUGCUGUGGCAUAUUUUUCC